CGCGACUGGGGAAACAUCUCUAGUUUCUCUGCGGGUUCAUGAUGAAGAAGUAGAGAGAAACACAGUCAGAAAACGGAAGAACUUGCUGGAUUUCUACGAGACAUGGAAACUCUGUAUGACGACACUGACGAUGAGCGUCAGGAGAAACGAGGUUGUUUCGAGUGCUGUAUUAAAUGUCUGGGUGGCGUGCCGUACGCGUCUCUGGUGGCCACUAUCCUGUGUUUCUCCGGCGUGGCUCUGUUCUGCGGCUGUGGACACGUGGCUCUGACAGGAACCCUCACCAUCCUGGAGAACCACUUCUCUAAGAUCACCACUGACCACGCCAUGCUGACCGACAUAAUCCAGCUCAUGCAGUAUGUUAUCUACGGCAUCGCCUCCUUCUUCUUCCUCUAUGGUAUCAUUCUGCUGGCCGAGGGCUUUUACACCACCAGCGCCGUCAAAGAGCUCCACAGCGAGUUCAAGACCACCGUCUGCGGCCGCUGCAUCAGUGGGAUGUUCGUGUUCCUGACGUAUAUCCUGGGGAUCGCCUGGCUCGGGGUCUUCGGCUUCUCCGCGGUGCCCGUGUUUCUCUUCUACAACAUGUGGUCGACCUGCGCCGCCAUGCGCUCGCCGACGGCCAACCUGACCUCCGUGGACAGCAUCUGUGUGGACGUGAGGCAGUACGGGAUCAUCCCGUGGAACGCUACGCCGGGAAAAGCGUGCGGCUCGACGCUGGGUGAUAUCUGUAACACCAGCGAGUUCUACCUGUCGUAUCAUCUUUACAUCGUGGCCUGCGCCGGAGCCGGAGCGACGGUCAUUGCUCUGAUCCAUUACCUAAUGAUCCUUUCUGCAAACUGGGCCUACCUAAAGGACGCCAGUCACUUGCAUGCGUACCAAGACAUCAAACUGAAGGAGGAGCGGGAGCUGCAGGACAUCCAGUCACGCUCCAAAGAGUGCCUCAACUCCUACUCGUAAGGAGGCUGAACUCUGCCAGCAAGCACUAACCAGCCCUAACUCACUAACCCGCUCCGCUAACCGCAGCUCAUCCCGCUCUCAUCCCGCUCUCUCCCUCAAUCUCAAACGCCUUACAGCGUCCCGGACUUUUCUGUUCGUCUCACGUCUUGUGCUUUUUAAUGGAAAGAAAAAACGCGUUUGUGCAUCCUCUCAAAAGCUGAAAACAUUGCAGGUCGUUUCGUUUUUUUUUGGUGAAUGCGAGCGGAAGGAUCCUCUGAAUGUUCGGGACACGUUCGGAGGCUUGUUUCUGACGCCGGAUCAAAACGACUUCAUGACUCUUUAUCCUGUGCACGAAAUAAACUGGCCUUGCGAUUCUGAGGAAAAGAUGUCCAAAGCGCGAGAUGCGAAGAUGAAGUGGUCAGAAACGGGACAAAAAAAGUUGCUUUUUAAUUUUUUUUUUUUUCUUGUAGAGUCAACAAAAAAAUGUGAGAUUCGUGUCGGAACUGUGAGAUUUUGAGUUGAGAGAAAAAAACUUUUUUUUUGUGAUUCUGAGGAAAAAGUAAAGACUGUGACGCAUAAGCCAGAAACGGAGAGAUAUGUAGUUGAGAAUAAAAAUGGAAAGAUGUAAUUCGUUGGGGAAAAAACGGAGGAUACCGCAUUGAGAGACGAAAACUUUGGGAAAAAAUUGCGAGAUAUAGUCACAUUUGCAAGAUAAAAGUUGAGAAAAGUCGAAAUUUAGUGACAGCUGAAAUUGCUUUUUUUUUUUUUUUUUUUAGAAGAUAUAAAGUUCGAAAGAUUUAAAAAAUAAAUAAAUACAUUUCAAGAUAAAAUACAUAGCUUUGAGGAAAAAAAAUCUGAAUUUUGAGAAAAAUGUGAGAUAAAAGUAUUUAAAAAAAUCAUAAAAAUUGCGUGAUAUAAAGUCUGAGUUGUGAUGUGAAAGCAUGAAAAUAUGAUCCACAGUCACGAUCGAGAAAACAUAUGGAUAUAAUUCCGAGGAAAAAAAAUGAGAACUUUAUAAGGCAAAUGUUCAAGUCCAAAAAAAAAAUUUCAUUGUGA